UAGUGAACAUGGAAGCUGUAGCGGGAGAUCCAGUAUACCUGCCUUGUGAUAUAUCGACUAUAGAACCUGGUGAUCAAGUGUUGUUAGUGUUGUGGUACAGAGAAGAUUUCGGGACACCUAUCUACAGUGUCGAUGGCCGGGAGAGGGAUUUCAGCCAGGCAGAGCGAUGGUCGGACGAAAAUAUGUUCGCCAACAGAGCCUACUUCAUGCCAGAAAAGCAGCCCGCCGAAUUAGGGGUGGAUCAUAUCAGGGAUUCCGACCAGGGCGUUUAUAGAUGUCGAGUCGACUUCAAGAUAGCGCAGACUAAGAACAGCAGGGUGAAUCUCACCGUCAUCGUGCCUCCACAGAGGAUGGUUAUUACGGACGAUUCAGGGGCUCCAUUAUCAUCCGUUGUUGGACCUUUUCCCGAAGGAGCUUCGUUUACGCUACGCUGUGAUGUAUUUGGUGCUAAACCUCCGCCGAAGGUAACAUGGUUUCGCAACGAUUUAGCGGUCAGCAAUACGAGCGUCGCUUUGCCAACCGCCGGGUCGACACACGUCCGCAGCGAGAUACGCAUAGAAGACCUGGGGCGUCGCGACGUCCAUUCCGAGCUAACCUGCCAAGCAUCCAACAAUCCGAGGACGCCGCCUCUAGCCGCAACUCUACACGUCGAUAUGAACUUUGGACCUCUCGAUGUGAAAAUUUUAGGAGCAAAUCAGCCGCUUUCUGCUGGAAGAAAGUACGAUCUAUUGUGCCAAAGUUCUGGGUCUAGGCCACCAGCAACCAUAACUUGGUGGAAAAAUGGUCAAAGGUUGGAGAAAACUAAGGACAUGACCUCCAAUGACGGCAACACUACAACAAGCACCCUGUCUUUCAUACCAAAGAAAGAAGAUGAUGGUAAAUACCUUUCUUGUAGGUCAGAGAACAAAAUGGUAUCUUCAGAGAGCCUCGAAGAUGGAUGGAAACUAGAAAUUCACUAUACACCGGAAGCAACAAUAGUUCUGGGGACAUCUCUGAAUCCAGACGUUAUACGUGAAGGCACCGACGUUUAUUUCGACUGUAUCGUAAAUGCCCAUCCGCCAGUCUACAAAGUUGAAUGGAGACAUAACGGCAAAAUGCUUACCAUUAAUGUCGGGGCUGGAAUUAUAAUUAGCAACCAGAGUUUGGUCCUACAGGGAAUAUCCAGGUCAACUGCCGGUAAUUACACUUGUGUAGGAUACAACACAGAGGGCGACGGAGAAAGCAAGCCGUUCUUCCUCAAUGUUCUGUACACUCCAGUAUGUAAACCGAACCAAACCAGGAUUUACGGAGUAGCAAAACAAGAACGGGCCCAAAUAGUUUGUCAAGUAGAAGCGAAUCCUUCAGAUAUUCAGUUCAAGUGGACUUUCAACAACUCGGCGGACUCUGUGGACGUGGCCCAAAAUUACGUAAUGAGGAGUGGAACUUCGAGCAUCGUCUCGUACACUCCCUUGACAGAAUUGGACUACGGAACGUUAUUGUGUUACGCUUCAAACAGAAUUGGAACGCAGAAGGUGCCUUGUGUCUACCAUAUUAUAGCGGCAGGUGAGAGAAAGCCAAACCCAAGAAAUCAAAGCAAAUUUGACAUCUCCGGUAGCAAGAUUUCUCGUCGCAGAUUUGUCUGCAGGUAUACAGUACCAGCUCACUCUUUUUUCUUAUAACGCCAAAGGACGUAGCGAGCCAUCUAUGGUGCAAGCUUCGACACUCCGACUUCCGGAAAAGCAGCUGACAGCGGAACAAGAAAAUCACCGCAGUGGAUUCAGAUUCACGCCGAUGAUGAGUGUUCUAACUGGAGUCUUGUCCGCUCUGCUCAUUGUUGCUCUGACUGUCAUUUUGGUGCUUCGGCUGCAGUGCACUCAUAAUCACAACAGGCGUAAAGGCCACAAGAAUAUGAUUGCUGGGGCCAAUAUGGAACAUCGGGGUUCAGCAAGCGAAGUUGCUCUCAGUGAUAAGGGUGGUGGUAGUCCCAUAUCAAAACACGAUUCUAGUGGUGGCGAAGGUGAUAGUGAUGAGAAGAAUCCAGACAUCAUCCCGCAACCUGUAGAUACAGAAGACG